CUGACCUUGGCAAUCAGUUUACAGAAGACUGCCUUCUCAGACUGACGUGUAGAAACAAUCAACAUGACAGGCAUGCAGACUGAGGGUCUAGCGGAGUAUAUCCUGGUGGAGUACCGCUGGGUGAUAGUCAUCUGCGCUUUAUUGCCCAUGUCCUUCCUCUGGAAGAUAUGGUCUGCCUUCAGGAACUACGUGGUGUUUAAGAUGAACAGUGCGCCCAAACAACACGACAAGAAGGUCAAAGAUGUUCAAAGACAGAUUAAUGAAUGGCUAAAAGGUGAUCGUAGUACAAAGCUUUGCACCUCCCGGCCUGGUUGGCAGACCAUGUCCUUCCGACAAGCCACCUACAAGAAGACAUUCACCAAUAUUGACGUCAACUUAGUCGAUAUCUUAGAAGUUGAUAUAAAGAACUUGACAGUACGCUGCGAGCCACUAGUGACAAUGGGACAGCUAUCCAGAACAUUGGAGCCAUUAGGUCUGGCGCUCGCUGUUGUACCUGAGUUAGACCAGCUCACGGUUGGCGGUCUGGUAAUGGGGACAGGAGUUGAAACAUCUUCUCAUAUUCAUGGAUUGUUUCAACACAUCUGCACGGAAUACGAGCUCGUCCUCGCUGACGGCUCUGUUAUUACGUGUAGUAAGACUGAACAUCCUGAACUUUUCUACGCUGUGCCGUGGUCUUAUGGCACUCUUGGAUUCUUGACAUCAGCGGUUAUAAAAUUAGUGCCGGCGAAAAAAUACGUACGUUUAGAAUACCAUCCGUGCACCUCAUUAUCAGAGUUGUCUAAGAGACUCAGUCAAGAGUCGCUGAAGGAACAGCCGCAUCAGUUUAUUGAAGCUCUACUCUUCAGUAAAGAGACAGGAGUGCUGAUGACUGGCGAUAUGGUAGAUGAAGAGGGGCCCGAUGGAAAGAUAAACCCAAUCGGUGAGUGGUAUUCAGAAUGGUUCUUCACGCAAGUUCGUCGCCAUUUGAAGAACUACCAGGAUGGUAAACGGAGCACAGUGGUGGAAUACAUACCACUACGGCAUUACUACCAUCGACAUACCCGUAGUCUUUUCUGGGAACUUCAGGAUAUAAUAUCGUUCGGGAACCAUCCGAUAUUCCGGUAUUUAUUUGGCUGGCUGAUGCCUCCAGAGGUGUCACUCUUGAAGCUGACGCAACCAGAAGCUGUCGGCAGGUUGUACGACCGAGCGCACGUCAUACAAGACAUGCUGCUACCCAUAGAGAAACUGGAGAGCGCGGUCGAGUGCAUCCAUAGAGAAUUCGAGGUGUACCCGAUUUGGUUGUGUCCAUUCAAAGUGUUCAAACAACCAGGACAGUUGCGCGUGACGUCAGGCGACUGGCAAAUGUUUGUGGAUGUCGGUAUCUAUGGUGUGCCGAAAGCAAAAGGAUUUGAGACCGUUCCUUCAACACGACGAGUAGAAGAUUUCGUGAUAAAAAACAAAGGUUUUCAAAUGCUAUACGCCGACACAUACACGACAUUGGAAGAGUUCAGGCAAAUGUUUGAUCACACACUUUACGAUAAACUGAGAGAAACGUUACCUUUCUGUAAGGACGCAUUCCCUGAAAUAUAUGGUAAAGUGAAUAAACAUGUUAGGAAAUAGGAUAGCCAAAUCCCUAAAAAUACUUGUAUUUUUUUGUAUGAGAGAACUCUAAAAUGUAUAGAGAUAAACACAGUGUAAUUUAAAUGUUAAUACAAAAGAUAGUAAAAAUUAAUAA